CAUUGGUUGCGACACGAGUAAACUGCCCUUGCAGAAAAAGAGUUGUUUCAUUUAAAUCUUAACAGACAGAGGAACAGCUACGAGCAUGACACUUCAUAUCUUCCCCACAGUCCUGCUUCUCACCUUCUUGAAUGUAGGAUUGCCUGCAAAGGGGUGUCCCUUAUCUUGCGUAUGUUAUGCAUCAAUUACGGACUGUCGCAACGUUGGUCUCACCACUGUUCCCAAAGAUAUUGUUCAGCAAACGGAGACAUUAUUUUUGUCAGAUAACCAGCUAACGGUUAUCUCUUCCAUAGCUUUUUGGAACUUAACAAGCCUAACCUUUUUAGACAUAUCAAAGAAUAAUAUAAUUCCUGAGAAUGACACACUGGAUUAUGUUUGCAAUCUAUUGUCUCUGGAUUUUUCAGAAAAUGAUAUUCAAUCAAUUCCUACAGAUAUAUUCCAACCAACCCCAAAGCUGGUUUGGUUAAACUUGGCUAGAAAUAAAUUGAAAGGCCUCCCAAAUGACAUAAUCAGAAAUCUACGCAAUCUUACUUACCUUGACCUCUCCUUCAAUUCCAUAGAACUUCAGAAUAAUACAUUUGACGGCCUCUACAGUUUAAACACUUUGAUUUUAUCUGGCAACAGGCUAUCCAGCCUACCAACAAUGGUAUUUUACACAAUAUCACAGCUUCAGAUUUUGGAUUUAUCCAAUAAUAACCUGACAUACCUGUCUAGUAAAUUCUUUGCCAAAAAAGAAAGUCUGACAGAUUUGAUCCUCAGCAACAACAAACUGACUGGAUCUGUACUUCCUGCUCUGAGAGGUCUGAGCAAUCUGAAAUACCUAUAUUUGUCUAAUAACAGAAUUUCAACAUUGCCACCUCUUCCAUUCGAAAGUUUUCCAUUACUUCACAAAGUUACACUCUCUAACAACUCUUUAUCAGUUCUACCAGAUGAUCUUUUGAAAGGUUUGCACCAACUUGCAGUGCUUGACUUAUCAGGUAAUUCCAUUGCCCAGUUACCAAAGGAAGUGUUUCCAAAUAACAGUAGCUUGCAGUACCUGCAUAUGGACAGAAACAUGUUCUCUGAAAUGCCCAUGCUGGCUGGUCUACAAAAUGUUUUGGAGUUAACUCUUUGCUGCUCUAGAAUACAACACUGGCCCUCUGAAGUCACUGUAAGUCAUUUAGAAUCUUUAGAGACAUUGGAUCUGUCAAGGAAUCUCAUUGUGAACAUAGAGUUGAAUACAUUGAGGUACAAUACAAAGUUAAAGAAUGUAUUAUUAACCAACAACCCAAUUUGUGUGAAUAUGACCCUUUCUGUUGUUAUGCCACUAAAGUGUAUUAACUGAAAUUAAAAAAUAUAUUUUAUCAUAAUUGAUAAUAAAUCUUGUACUACUAUUUUUUGUACAGCAAACUUUCUUUUUAGAUAUAUCUACAUUAUGUAUUAUUUUAGAUCAUAAGAGACCUAUGCGCAUGAUUAACUGUUUGUAAAAGCAAUAAACACAAUUUAAAAUAUUCAA